AUGAGGCGCGAGGCCUACCGGCUCUUGGGGCAGUGGUGUACUUCCGUGGGUCAGGAGCUUGAAGUUUGGGCCGUUGGCUCAGUCGGCUGGCAGCCGUUGGCCCGCAUAGACGUUCCUGUUCACUUCGCUGUGGAGGACUCAGCGAGCAGCGGCAGUUAUACCUACAGGGUGAGCAUCGAGCGGCGGACGGGGCGCGAGGCCUACGGGCUCCUGGGGAAGGGUGGGCAUCGAGCGGCGGACGGGCGCGAGGCUCACCGGCUCCUGGGGCGGGUGGGCAUCGAAGCGUUGACGGGGCGAGGCUCACCGGCUCCAGGGGCGGUGGGUAUCGAAGCGGCGGACGGGGCGGAGGCCUACUGGCUCCUGGGGAAGGGUGGGCAUCGAGCGGCGGACGGGGCGCGAGGCCUACCGGCUCCUGGGGCGGGGUGGGCAUCGAGCGGCGGACGGGGCGCGAGGCCUACGGGCUCCUGGGGCGGGGUGGGCAUCGAGCGGCGGACGGGGCGCGAGGCCUACGGGCUCCUGGGGAAGGGUGGGCAUCGAGCGGCGGACGGGGCGCGAGGCCUACCGGCUCCAGGGGCGGGGUGGGCAUCGAGCGGCGGACGGGGCGCGAGGCCUACGGGCUCCUGGGGAAGGGUGGGCAUCGAGCGGCAGACGGGGCGCGAGGCCUACCGGCUCCUGGGGCGGGGCAUCGGCGCGGACGGGCGCGAGGGCUCACCGGCUCCUGGGGAAGGGGUGGGCAUCGAAGGCGGACGGGCGCGAGCCUACGGGCUCCAGGGGCGGGACGAGCGCGGACGGGCGCCGAGGCCUACACGGGCUCCUGGGGAAGGGGGGCAUCGAGCGGCAGACGGGCGCGAGGCCCACCGCCCUGGGGCGGGUGGGCAUCGAAGCGGGCGGACGGGCGCCGAGGCUCACGGGCUCCUGGGGCGGUGGCAUCGAAGCGGGCGGACGGCGCGGGGCUCACCGCUCCUGGGGAAGGGGUGGGCAUCGAGGGCGGACGGGGCGCGAGGUCUACCAGCCCUGGGGAAGGUGAACAUCGAAGCGGCGGACGGGCGCGAGGCCUGGGCUCCUGGGGAAGGUGGGCAUCGAGCGGCGGACGGGGCGCGAGGGCUCACCGCCCAGGGGCGGGUGGGCAUCAUGGACGGGCGGCCGGGCCCACUGCCCUGGGGCGGGUGGGAUCGCUAUGACGGGCGCCGAGGCUCACGGGCUCCUGGGGAAAAGGUGAACAUCGAGCGGGCGGACGGGGCGGAGGGCCCACCGGUCCCUGGGAAGGGUGAGAGCAUCGAGCGGGCGGACGGGCGCGAGGCUCACGGCUCCUGGGGAAGGUGGCAACGAGCGGGCGGAUUUGAGCGAGGCCCACGGGCAAAUCCAGGGGCGGGGGCAUCGACGCGGACGGGCGUGAGGCCCACCGCUCCUGGGGGCGGGUGGGCAUCGAAGCGGGCGGACGGGGCGCCAGGCCCACGGGCUCCAGGGGCGGGGGGCAUGUGGCCGCCCGGACCCGGGGCGAGGCCUACCGCCCUGGGGCGGGUGUGGGCAUCGAGGCGGGCGGACGGGCGCGAGGGGCCUACCGGCCUCCUGGGCGAGGUGGGCAUCGAGCCGGCGGAUCGGGGUGGAGCAUCGAGCGCGGACGGGCCGAGGCCUACGGGCCUGGGGCGGUGGGCAUCGAGCGGCGGACGGGGCGCCGAGGCCUACGGCUCCAGGGGCGGGGUGGGCAUCGAGGGCGGACGGGGCGUGGAGGCCCUACCGCCCGGGGAAGGGGUGGGCAUCGAGCGCGGACGGGCGCUGAGGCUACGGGCCAGGGGCGGUGGUAUCGAGCGGCGGACGGGCGCUGAGGCCACGGGCUCCUGGGGCGGGUGGGCAUCGAAGCGGGCGGACGGGGCGCGAGGCCACGGGCCUGGGGCGGUGGGCAUCGAAGCGCGGACGCUGAGGGCCGCACCCGGCUCCAGGGGCGGGGUGGGCAUUGAGCGGCGGACGGGCGCGAGGCCUACGGGUUCUGGGGAAGGGGUGGCAUCGAGCGUAGCGGACGGGCGCGAGGGCCACUGCCCUGGGGCGGGUGGGUAUCGAAGCGGGCGGACGGGCGCGAGGCUCACCGGCUCCUGGGGCGGGGGCAUCGAGCGGGCGGACGGGCGCGAGGCCACGGGCCCUGGGGCGGGUGGGCAUCAGGCGGAUUUGGGCACAGGCCCACGGGCUCCUGGGGAAGGGUGGGCAUCGAGCUGGCGGAUCGGGCGCGAGGCCACUGCCCAGGGGCGGGUGGGAUCGAGCUGGAUUUGGCGCGAGGCCUACUUAGCUCUUGGAGCACAGUGGACACGAGCUGGACAGCGAGGCCUACCCCGCCUGGGGCACAUACAGUGGGCAUUGAGCUGUGGAUGGGGAGUGAGGCCUACUGGCUCUUAG